CCUUUACGUCUGUUCUUGUAAGGAGUCCUAGAUUGCAACCAAACACUUUUAACGCCUGGAUUUCAGGCUUUUUGGUUUCAGUUUCUAUUAGUUUAAAAACCUUCUUCUUCCCUAUCUUUCUUCAACAACUUUCAACCCAGUUCUCCACUGAGUCUCACUGAAGAUCUGGUCUGAGAGGCCCCACUGCCAAAUAAAUCUUUUCUCUUUCUCAGAGUGAAGUUUUAGUUGAAACUAACUCAUUUGUUUUUUACUUUCCUGGGUUUGGUUUUGGUGUUUAGUGUUUAAGGUUUAAGGUUAGUGUGGUGGGAACAGUAUAUAUAUAAAAGAUGGUGACAAAGUUAGGUGCUUCUAAGGUUAUAUAAGAGUUGGGUCUGGUUGGUUUUUCUUUUUUUCUUUUUUUAAGAAUCGAGGAAGGUUUAGACUUUCAAGGCAGUUUCAUUAUUUAUGUGAGGACGAUAAUAUUUACCAUGUGCUUAGAAUAAUCAUUGCUUUCAGGGUUUUGCACUGUCUUUUAUGUAAGACAUUUAAGUUUGGACCAAAAAUUUAAGCGUCAAUAAUAAAAGUUGAUACAAUCUGAAUUCAAGGUUGGUAUAUAGCAUUGGAGAGUAUAAGAGAUUUGAAUUGGAGGGAAAUAGUGUUACAAUGUGUAGAGUGAAGGGGAAUGAUGGCAAGUGUGAUCAUAGGGAGGAUUGUGAGAUGGGGUUCAUGUUUUCAAGUGAAGUAAUGGGGGAGAAAUCCAAGAGUAGUGUGGUUUUCAGGCGGCGAAUAAUAAAGCUAUGGUUGAUUCGGGUUAUGUCGUUUACGUUGCUUUGUGCUUGUGUUGGUCAGAUAUUGACAUUGGGGACGGUUUGGAGGCCUAGAUUGCCAACGGUUUGGCUUAGUCAUUCUGAAGUGCCUCUGCGCAUUGAAUUACCUUCUGAUCUAGCCAAAGUUGCUUCCCCACCAAAGAGGGUUUAUAAGAACAAUGGUUUUCUUAUGGUUUCCUGCAAUGGUGGACUGAACCAAAUGCGAGCAGCAAUAUGCGACAUGGUUACAAUUGCCAGAUACUUAAAUGCGACACUUAUUGUUCCACAGCUAGAUAAAACCUCUUUUUGGGCUGAUUCAAGUGACUUCCAUGACAUAUUUGAUGUUGAUCAUUUCAUUACAUCGUUGAAAGAUGAGGUUCAGAUAUUGAAGGAAUUACCACCAGGGCUCAAGGGAAGAGUUAAAAAUGGAAAGUUAAAGUCAUUGCAACCAGUUAGUUGGUCUAACAUGUCCUACUACUAUAAGGAGAUUCUUCCCCUGCUGAAAAAGAAAAAAGUUGUACAUUUAAGUAGAACUGAUGCUCGAAUGGCUAAUAAUGGUCUACCUCUAGAGAUUCAGAAGUUGCGCUGCCAAGUAAACUUCAAAGCUUUGAGGUUUACUUCCCAGAUAGAGGAAUUGGGUAGAAAAGUUGUCAGAAUUUUGAGGGAGAAGGGACCUUUCCUGGUCCUUCAUCUCAGAUAUGAAAUGGACAUGCUCGCUUUCUCUGGCUGCACACAUGGUUGCAAUAGUAUGGAGGUGGAAGAACUCACAAAACUGAGAUAUGACUACCCCUGGUGGAAGGACAAAGUUAUAAACUCUAAGAUGAAAAGGCUCUCGGGUUUGUGCCCGUUGACACCUGAGGAAACCACAUUAGUCCUUAAAGCUCUGGGAAUUGAUCGUAAUGUUCAAAUUUAUAUUGCUGCUGGAAAAAUAUAUGGUGGGAAAAGGAGGAUGCAAAGUUUGGUGGAGGCUUUUCCCAAUUUGGUUACAAAAGAUACUUUGCUGGAGCCCUCAGAAUUGAGUUUUAUCAAGAACCACUCAUCCCAAAUGGCAGCGUUGGAUUAUCUUGUUUCCCUGGAGAGUGAUAUAUUUGUUCCUACAUAUGAUGGAAACAUGGCUAAAGUUGUUGAAGGCCAUCGCAGGUUUUUAGGACACAAAGAUACCAUUCUAUUGGACAGAAAGCUUCUGGUUAGUUUGAUAGAUCGAUACAACAAUCAAUCAUUGAGCUGGGAUGACUUCUCUUUAGAUGUGAAAAAAUCUCAUGAGAACCGUAUGGGAAGCCCAACCAAACGAGUCAUCAUUCCAGAUAAACCAAAGGAAGAAGAUUAUUUUUAUGCCAACCCAUAUGAGUGUUUGGAACCGUUAGAUGAACCAUUGAGAAGCACAUGAUCGUCUUCAUCUUCUUCCCUAUUCUUCUGUACUUAUCACAAAAAGUUUUCUUAAUUCUUUCACUCUGAUUUAAAUACAGAGAAGGGAUUCUCUUAUAUUCAUGAAAUUCAGUUUGGAUCUGCUAAUAAGGAUCUUAGUAAUCUUUCUCAAUUUUGAAUAAUCCAAAUUUAUGUAUAGAGUGAAGUCCCUGCCUUUUUAAAGCUGAUACUAAAUCAGAUAGAUUGUAAAGAGGACAUGAGAAUUUUUGGAAUGGAAUGGUUACUACCUUUUCCCUAAUA